AUGGAUGAGAUUCGGUUAUCGCCGUUGAGACAAGCAACCUUUAAGUCAUCACUGUCAGGGAGAUCUACUCCAAGGGGUUCACCUAGAGUGCAUUCUGGUAGGACACCGCGUAGAGAGGGUAGAGGCGGUGGAGGAGGACCGGUUCAGUGGUUUCGUAGUAGUCGACUGGUUUAUUGGCUUCUUUUGAUUACGCUUUGGACGUAUCUUGGGUUUUAUGUUCAAUCAAGGUGGGCACAUGAUAAUGAAAACAAAGUUGAGUUUUUACGGUUUGGAGGCAUACUGAGGAAAGAACCAAAAGAUGUUUUACAUGUGGAGGAGAAGAACAAAGGAAUGGGUUCUGUUGCUAAUGAGACUUCUGAUGCUUUGGUACAUAUUACUACUGGUAAAGAUGAUUCUGGUGUGAAUAAGAGGACUGAUGUUAGUCUGAUCAAGAAAGAGGAUGGGGCUUCUCGACGCAGCUUGAGUUCUAGGCAGAAGACGAAAAAAACUAUCCGGACUUCACGUAGUAAGAUCCGUGGUAAUAAGCAGAAGGUGACUAAAGAGUUUGUGACUAAGGUUUUGGAUGAUGAGCAAGAUCCAGAACUUCCAAUGACAAAUGCUACUUACGGUAAGCUUCUUGGUCCUUUUGGAUCACUAGAGGAUAGAGUUCUUGAAUGGAGUCCGCAUAGACGUUCUGGGACUUGCGACAGGAAAUCAGAUUUUAAACGCCUUGUUUGGUCGAGGAGAUUCGUAUUGGUUUUCCACGAACUCUCGAUGACUGGCGCUCCAAUUUCAAUGAUGGAUCUGGCUUCAGAGCUAUUGAGCUGUGGUGCGACAGUCAAUGCAGUAGUUCUUAGCAGGAGAGGUGGAUUGAUGCAAGAGCUCGCUAGGAGACGGAUCAAAGUUGUUGAAGACAAAGGAGAACUCAGCUUCAAGACUGCCAUGAAAGCAGAUUUGGUCAUCGCGGGAUCAGCUGUAUGUACAUCAUGGAUAGAUCAAUACAUGAAUCAUCAUCCAGCUGGUGGAAGUCAAAUAGCUUUGUGGAUAAUGGAGAAUCGAAGAGAAUACUUUGAUCGAGCCAAACCAGUGCUCGACCGAGUGAAAAUGCUGAUAUUUCUAUCUGAAUCACAGAGCAAACAGUGGUUAACAUGGUCCGAAGAGGAGCAUAUAAAGCUUAGAUCACAACCAGUGAUUGUUCCACUAUCUGUUAACGACGAGUUGGCUUUUGUAGCUGGGAUUCCUUCUUCACUCAACACACCGACACUUUCUCCAGAGAAAAUGAGGGAGAAGAGACAAACAUUACGCGAAUCAGUCAGAACAGAGUUAGGUUUAACCGAUGCAGAUAUGCUUGUGAUGUCUCUUAGUAGCAUAAACCCACCAAAAGGACAACUUCUUCUCCUUGAAUCUGUUUCCUUAGCACUUACCGAGAGUGAACAUGAAGCUCAAAAGCAUCUCAAGGGGAUCAUUAAGAAAGAAAAAGUUAGUCUCUCUAGCAAACAUCGUCUAAGAGGCUCAUCUCGACAGGUGAAAAGUGUUUCUCACAUAGUUGGCAAUGCCGUAAGAAGACCGAAACAAGAACUUAAAGUUCUUUUAGGAUCAGUGGGUUCGAAGAGCAACAAAGUUGGAUACGUUAAAGAGAUGUUAAGCUUCUUAUCGAACAACGGAAACUUAUCCAAGUCAGUCAUUUGGACUCCCGCAACGACUCGUGUUGCUUCCUUAUACUCUGCAGCAGAUGUCUACGUCACAAACUCCCAGGGGGUUGGUGAGACAUUUGGGAGAGUGACGAUCGAAGCAAUGGCUUAUGGACUUGCAGUGGUGGGAACAGAUGCAGGAGGAACAAAAGAGAUGGUUCAACAUAACGUAACCGGUCUACUUCACUCAAUGGGACGAUCAGGUAACAAAGAGUUGGCUCGAAAUCUCCUGUUUCUGCUAAGAAAUCAAGACGCAAGGAUACAAUUCGGGAUCGAAGGACGCAAAAAGGUGGAGAAAAUGUACAUGAAACAACAUAUGUACAAGCGAUUCGUCGAUGUUCUUGUGAAAUGCAUGAGACCAUAA